AUGAACUCUGGAGAUGGUCUCAUCAUAAACCCAAAUAUUGAUAUACUAGAUCUCGUGUUUGAUGAUGAUUUCAAAGAUAAACCUGCUUCCAAUUGGUCCAUUUCCAAGAUUGGUACAUUACAAGCCAAAAUGGAAACCAUUUUAUCCAAAUAUCAAGGGAAAAAAUUUAGAAAUAUCAAAAUUGAAUUGCCACUUCAUCGUCUCUUAAGUUUAGCUAAUGAAUCUUUUGGUUAUGAUGGUUGGUCAAGUGAAGUUAUUGAUGUUAAAGAAACUGAAUAUGUGGUGGAGAUUAAAGAUAAUGGUGAAACACAUUCUGUUAAAAUGGAAUGUACUGUCAAAAUUACUUUAAAAGAUGGAACAUAUCAUGAAGAUACUGGUAUUGGUCGUGCUGAUAAUUUGCCAUCAAAAUCUAUGGCUUAUAUGAAGGCUAAAAAAAGUUCAGUUACAGAUGCUACUAAAAAUGCAAUUCAUGGAUUAAAAGAUAUUGUGUUAGAUCACGAACAAAAGCUGAGAUCAGGUUAUUAUGAUGGUAGAGUUAAAGCAUUUGUAUGA